AUGGGAUGGCCACAGUUUUUGUUAAUCAAAUGGCUGAAGGUCUUUCCGGACCAAAUCUGGUACUGGGGAAAUGUUGACAAAUCCAUGGUCUCUGAGAUCAUGCAGGAUCAGCCGGAGGGGACAUUCAUGGUUCGCGAUGCAUCUUCUCCAGGAGAUUAUACGCUAACAGACAAGAUCACUGAAAGUCAGUGUCAGCUGAGUGUAAAACGAAAUGGCUUCGGUGUAAGGAGAGCACAUAAGACGAAAUUACAGUGCUACAAUGCCCAGCUGGACGUAUGUCUCAAAUACCCACUGCCACGACGGAAAAACUCUGUUAGAACGGUUGAAACAGUUUCUCUUCCAGCGUCGGUUUCGCCUCCACUGCCCGCCUUCAAUCCUGAUUGGGAACUUCGGCUAGGUUUGGAACGCCUUCGAAUAUAUCAGACGUCAGUCGAUCGAGCAGCUCGCUUGUUCGAUGCUGUUCAUGAGGAAAAGAAAAUGGCUGAUGAUCUCCAUUACGAGUAUACGCAAGCUAUCAUAGAUUUGGAACGUAAAGUGAAGCAGCUUGAAGACGUGCUAAGUACUCUUCAAAGCUGCAGAGAGUCCAAUGACGAGACUGAUCUUAAACGUGUCCACACAUUCAAGGCCAAUGCUGAGCUGGUGGAAAAGGGCAUAAAAAAAUUGAAAGAGGAACGUGAAUUUGUGGUGGACCGCCGUGCCCGAGUUGCCAAGAUCAUAGAGGAUUUGGAGCAAGCUUCAACUCAUGCUAAGGAGCGUCUUGUGUCAUGCCAUAACACUCGCAAUCAAUCUUACACGGAACUUUAUAAAAAAGGAGUACCGAAGCAUAAGUUGGGAGAAACAAUAGAGCAUGCAACGAGCAUGCUGGAAAAAGAAACGAUGCAAGCCAGCGAAUUGCUCGCAGACAUUCCGCUUACCUGGGAACCAGAACAUUAUCUCGUAAAUGACCCUUCCAAGGAAGCGGCAGCCGUGCUUAUUCUGCAAGCCCGUGCCCGUCUUCUAGAGAGGAUGGGUCGGCAUCGAACUACGGAUGGCAUUUUUUUGAUUCGCCCUUCUGCUUCACAGACAAACAAACUUGUACUGAGUGUGCUUCACGGGGAACGCGUAUCGCACUGCCUUAUCGGGCAGACAUCACAGGGAUGGGGAUUCGAGAAUGGAGGCGUUUAUUUUGUUACCAUUGGUGAUUUUGUUCGUUAUUAUGCAAAUGCUUCUUUGGAGGAGCACAAUUCUGAGAUUAAAACAACUCUGACCAUGCCAGCGUUAUAG